AUGGAUGCCACCCUUGACGGGGUGUUCUCGCGUGUUGAGACUGCCUUCACGACCCUCGUCGACUCCAUUGCAGCCUACAACCCAUCCCUGCAGGCCGCCGGUGACCUCAUUGCUGCGGACGAUGAGCUGGCGCGCGGGAUAGAUCAGCUCGCCCAGCACCGAGAAAAUAGUGCACGCAUCCAUGCCCUGCGCGCCGAGAGGGAGGCUCUGGAGGAGCAGUUCAAGUCGUCCGUUGCCGCGCUCGCGGACCUUCGUCGCGAGCUCUUCGCGACGCCGGUAACCAAGUUUCCCGAUGACCUACGCCCGGUUCCCUUCGACGAGCUUCUACAAUUUGCAAAAAACAUUGCACAGUCUACAGUCCCUCCGACCUACCGCGAACCCCUGCCAGAAAAGCAGCCAGAAGACAAAGACGGCAGAUCGAGUGCGGCGCCUUCCAAUGCGAUAGGUACGCCCGCACAACAGCACACGCAAGAAGCAGCUCAGGACGCCGCAGAAGGCGCGGAAAAGGAAGGCGAGGAGAAGGCUGUCACCGAGGAAGAGGCGGAAUGGCUGAAGAAGCUCAAAGCGAAUGGCUUUGCCUGGUUUCCUUGGCCUGACGAGGAGAAGAUUCGACGCGGCAAUCUGAUGCAGAUCCAGUAUGUAUUGGACCGUGGCAGAGAUCCUACAAAUGAAGAUCUCACGAAGCUGGGCGAGGACGAGAAGGAUCGCAUAGCAGCAGAGGCGGCGGCGGCGCAGGCUCAACAGGGUGCACAAGCACAAGCUCAAGUUCAGGCUCAGCAACAGGCCGUUGCUCAAGCUGCAGGAACAGAACAGAGGCAACAGCAUGCGCUUCCACCGAGACCCACCGAAAAGCCGCAACAGUUCGCGGGCUUUGACGACCUCGAUUCGGACGAUGAGUGA